UUGUAGCUUCGUAUCAUUAUCAACAAAAAACACUUCCAGGGAACUACUUCAAAAUUUAAGUGUAUAUAAGUUGUUGUUUAACCUGUUGGUCAUUCAUGGAACCUAUGUUAUUGAUUUCUUUGUUAUUAAUCCCCUCUUUGGUUCUCUUUACUAGUCUUUAUUUCGUCUUCAUAUUCUCUUCAAACAAAUCUCAAUCAUCCUCAGACGUUGAUCCUUCUAGCUACCCGCCGGGCAAAACAGGAUGGCAUGUUUUCGGCGAAACUAUAGAAUUUCUUAAUACCGCUCGCAAAGGUGUUCCCGAAAAUUUUAUACGAGAAAGAAUGAAGAAAUAUUCGAAAGAUAUCUUUAGAACUUCAUUACUUGGUGAAUCUGUUGUUGUUCUAUGUGGCCCUGCUGGUAACAAAUUUUUGUUUUCGAACGAAAAUAAACUUGUCGUUGCAUGGUGGCCUAAAACCGUCGAAAAAAUCUUUCCAUCUCCAAGUAACAUCUCCGGUCAGGCCGAGGCCAAGAAAAUGCGCAAAUUGCUUCCUCAGUUUCUUAAACCGGAAGCUUUACAUAGGUACAUCCCUAUUAUGGAUAGAGUAGUGAUGCAACACUUAGACAGAGAAUGGGACAACAAGAAUGAAAUAACCGUACCUCUAGCCAAGAACUACACAUUUGGUUUAGCUUGUCAUUUAUUUGUAAGCAUCGACGACCCUGCUCGUAUACAAGAAUUAGGUAAACCCUUUGGAGACUUGACAGCGGGACUCCUAUCAUUUCCAAUAGAUUUACCGGGAACAGCUUUCAAUAUUGGGAUAAAAGCAUCCAAGUUUAUCAGGAAUGAGUUAGUAAAGAUUAUCAAGCAAAGGAAAAUAGAUUUAGAAGAAAAGAAAGCUUUACCUACACAAGAUAUCUUGUCUUACAUGUUGUUAGCAGUUGAUGAUGAUGGGAAUUUCAUGGAUGAAUUAGACAUUGCUAACAAGAUUUUAGGGUUACUUAUAGGUGGCCAUGAUACAGCUAGUGCUGCCAUUACCUUCAUUGUUAAGUACCUUGCUGAGCUUCCUUAUGUUUAUGAUGGAGUUCGUAAAGAACAAAUGGAGAUAGCAAGUUCAAAAGGUCCAGGAGAGUUGCUAAACUGGGAUGAUAUACAAAAGAUGAAGUACUCAUGGAACGUUGCAUGUGAAGUGAUGAGAUUAGCACCACCUCUUCAAGGAGCUUCCAGGGAAGCCAUUGGCGACAUUAGCUUUGGAGGAUUUUCAGUGCCAAAGGGAUGGAAGUUGUAUUGGAGCGCACAUUCGACGCACAAGAACGCAGAGUAUUUCUCAGAACCAGAAAAAUUUGAUCCAACAAGGUUCGAAGGGAAUGGACCAGCACCAUACACAUGCAUACCAUUUGGAGGAGGACCGCGAAUGUGCCCCGGGAAAGAGUAUGCAAGGCUAGAGAUAUUGGUGUUUAUGUACCAUGUAGUGAGAAGGUACAAAUGGGAGAAAAUUUUACCUUAUGAGAAAAUUGUUGUUGAUCCAAUGCCUGCACCUGCAAAGGGUCUUCCAAUUCGACUUCAAUCUCAAGUUAUUUAAGUAUAAAUUUACAAAUUAAACAAAUGAUAUAUCUCAUAAUGAGUGUAAUGCUUGACCUUAUGAUCAUUUGUGGAACCAAUAUAAUGUAUUGCUUCAUUGUUUCUUAUAUUUUCUCUAGUUUGGUAACUAGUCUUUUAUUUCAUCAUUAUCUUAAUAAACUAUACUCCCUCAGCUCAUUUUAUUUGUCAGCUGUAAAGAAAUU